AUGGACAACUACGAAGAACUCGAAAAGGAGAUCAGAUUGGACGACAUCGACUUCUCCGACUUAGAGGAAAAGUUCGAGGUCAACGUCGGCUUGGACAACUUCGUUGUCGUCGACGGCGCACCAAUUGCCCCAGAAGCUAAAGCCAGUCUUUUGACCAACUUUAUCAGAAAGAAGUUGAGCACGGUGGGAGAAAUCGUCGAAGGCGAGGAGGGAAUCCACAUGCCCAUCGAAAACGGACAAACCAAGGGCUUUUUGUUCGUGCAAUACACCACUGCCGAGCUGGCAGACGCUGCUGUGAAACAAUUGAACGGUAAGCCAUUAGACAAGAGUCACAACUUGAAGAUUAACAAGUUGGCCGAUAUCGAGAAGUACUGCACCGAAGGCAACGUGGCCAACGAGUUCCAGGAGCCAGAAUUGCCGCCAUUCAAGAGUCACGGCUACUUGAAGUCGUGGUUACAAGACGACGCUGGAAGAGAUCAAAUCGCCUUGCACUUCUCCGAAACCGUGGGUGUUUACUGGAACAAGAAGAACAACGACCCAGAGCCCGUCAUCGAGCCAAGAAAGGCGUUCACCUCCAAGUACGCCAAGUUCUCGCCAAAGGGUACUUUCUUAUUCUCAAUCCACCCUCAGGGUAUCCAGUCCUGGGGUGGUGCUGACUUCCACAGUGUGUCCAAAUUCAUCCACAACCAGGUGCGUUUGGUGGACUUCUCUCCAAAUGAGAAGUACAUGGUGACUUUGUCGCCAUUGCCCAUUACUGUUCCUGACAGUGCUGCUGAAAGAGCCCACUUCCCGUUCGGACCUGAGAGCGAGGGCCACAAGUUGGUCAUUUGGGACUUGGCCACUGGUGAGCCUGCCAGAACCUUCGCUUUGCCUCCAUACUUGGAAAGCCAAAAGGAAAUGCCAUGGCCUUUGGUCAAGUGGUCUUUCGACGACAAGUACUGUGCUCGUCAAGGUCCAGGAGCCUUGGCCAUCUACGAGACCCCAAGCUUCAACUUGUUGGACAAGAAGUUAGUCAAGAUCGAUGGAUUAAUGGACUUCGAAUGGGCUCCAGCUGGUGUCCAUCUUGCCAACUCCAAGGUGGAGAACGGUGAGCAUGUCUUGUCGUACUGGACCCCAGAAAGCACCAACCAGACUGCCAGAGUAGCGUUGAUGCAAAUUCCUUCCAAGCAGGUGUUGAGAACCGUCAACUUGUUCCAGGUCAGUGACUGUAAGAUGCACUGGCACGACGAAGGUAAACUCUUGUGUGUCAAGGUUGACCGUCAUACCAAGUCGGGUAAGACCCUCUUCACCAACUUGGAGUUCUUCAAGACCACCGAAAGAGAUGUGCCAGUUGAAAAGUUGGAGUUGAAGGAAGUGGUGGUGAAUUUUGCAUGGGAACCAAAGUCCGAAAGAUUCGUUAUCAUUUCUUGUUUGGAUGACGGCACUCAGAACGCAGCCUUUGCUAAGAACUCGAUUGUUUUCUACGCUCCUGAUGCCAAGGCUAAGGGUAAGGUCACCAGCACCACCUACAAGGUGCAGCAGAAGUUCGACACCAAAUACUCCAACACUAUCGAAUGGUCGCCAAAGGGUAAGUACGUGGUGGUUGCCACGAUCUCCAGAAGUCAAGGUGAGCUUGAGUUCUACGACGUCGCUUUCGAAGAAGAGAAGAAGAAGACUCCAGGCACCAACGUCAAGUUGUUGAGAACCGACAAGUUCUCUGGUAUGACCAACUUGGCCUGGGACCCAUCAGGAAGAUUUGUUGCUGCUUGGUCGUCCUCUUGGUUGCACACCAUUGAAAACGGUUACAGAUUAUACGAAUUCACCGGUAACUUGUUGAAGGACGAGUCCGUUGACCAAUUCAGAGAAUUCAUCUGGAGACCAAGACCUGCCUCCUUGUUGUCUGCUGCUGACAGAAAGAAGGUCAGAUCGAAGUUGAGCGAGUACAGUGCCCAAUUCGAAGAAAUCGAUGCCAUGGAGGCCGAUGCUGCUGUCAGAGAAGCCAUCUUGGCCCGUCGUAAGGCAUUGGAAGAAUGGAGAACUUACAGAGCCCAGUACGCUGGCAAGGCUGUCAAGACCAACGAGGUGCAGGCAGAAAUUAUCGAAGAAAUCAAGGAGGAGAUCUUCGAGGAGAAGGAGGAAAUCGUCGAGUAG